CCACCCGCGUCGUGUUCGGUUCAAACGUGGCGGCGGGACGCGCGGGGGCCAAGUGGAACACUGCGCGAACUUGGGGGGCCUUGCUGAGCCACCGGGGGAGAUGCUGAAGUUUAAGUAUGGAACACGGAAUCCACAGGAUGUCGGGGCUGCUGAGCCCAUCACUAGCCGAGCCUCCAGACUGAAUCUUUUCUUCCAGGGGAAACCACCCUUCAUGACUCAACAGCAGGUGUCUCCUCUCUCCCGGGAAGGGGUGUUAGACGCCCUCUUUGUUCUCUUUGAAGAGUGCAGUCAGCCUGCGAUGAUGAAGAUGAAGCACGUGAACAACUUUGUCCGGAAGUAUUCUGACACCAUAGCUGAGCUUCAGGGGCUCCAGCCCUCGGCAAAGGAUUUUGAAGUCCGUAGUCUUGUAGGCUGUGGUCACUUUGCAGAAGUGCAGGUGGUCAGAGAGAAAGCCACGGGGGACAUCUACGCCAUGAAAGUCAUGAAGAAGAAGGCCUUGUUGGCCCAGGAGCAGGUCUCAUUUUUUGAGGAAGAACGGAACAUAUUAUCUAGGAGCACAAGCCCUUGGAUCCCCCAGUUACAAUACGCUUUUCAGGACAAGAGUAACCUUUAUCUGGUCAUGGAAUACCAGCCUGGAGGGGACUUGCUGUCACUUUUGAAUAGAUACGAAGACCAAUUAGAUGAAAAUAUGAUUCAGUUUUACCUUGCCGAGCUGAUUUUGGCUGUUCACAGCAUUCAUCAGAUGGGAUAUGUGCAUCGAGACAUCAAACCAGAGAACAUUCUCAUUGACCGAACAGGACACCUCAAGCUGGUGGAUUUUGGAUCAGCUGCUAAGCUCAACUCAAAUAAAAUGGUGACCGCCAAACUCCCAAUCGGGACGCCAGACUACAUGGCCCCUGAAGUGCUGACUGUGAUGAACGGGGAUGGCAAAGGCGCUGCCUAUGGCCCGGACUGUGACUGGUGGUCGGUGGGCGUGAUCACCUAUGAGAUGAUUUAUGGCCGGACCCCAUUCACGGAGGGGACCUCUGCCAGGACCUUUAAUAACAUCAUGAACUUCCAGCGGUUUUUGAAGUUUCCAGAUGAUCCUAAAGUUAGCAGCACAUUACUUGAUCUGAUUCAAAGUUUGUUGUGUGGCCAGAAAGAGAGACUGAAGUUUGAAGGCCUUUGCUGCCAUCCUUUCUUCUCUAAAAUCGACUGGAAUAACAUUCGAAACACUCCUCCUCCCUUCGUUCCCACCCUCAAGUCUGACGAUGACACCUCCAAUUUUGAUGAACCAGAGAAGAAUUUGUGGGUUUCCUCCUCUGCAUGCCAGCUGAGCCCCUCGGGUUUCUCGGGCGAAGAACUGCCGUUUGUGGGCUUUUCAUACAGCAAGGCACUGGGGAUUCUUGGUAGAUCUGAGUCUGUUGUGUCGGGUCUGGACUCCCCUGCCAAGACUAGCUCCAUGGAAAAGAAACUCCUCAUCAAAAGCAAAGAGCUGCAAGACUCCCAGGACAAGUGUCACAAGAUGGAGCAGGAAAUGACCCGGUUACAUCGGAGAGUGUCAGAGGUGGAGGCUGUGCUUAGUCAGAAGGAGGUGGAGCUGAAGGCCUCUGAGACUCAGAGAUCCCUCCUGGAGCAGGACCUUGCUACCUACAUCACAGAAUGCAGUAGCUUAAAGCGAAGUUUGGAGCAGGCACGGAUGGAGGUGUCUCAGGAAGAUGACAAAGCACUGCAGCUCCUCCAUGAUAUCAGGGAGCAGAGCCGGAAGCUCCAGGAAAUCAAAGAGCAGGAGUACCAGGCUCAGGUGGAAGAAAUGAGGUUGAUGAUGAAUCAGCUAGAAGAGGACCUCGUUUCGGCCAGAAGACGGAGUGAUCUCUACGAAUCUGAGCUGAGAGAGUCCCGGCUCGCUGCCGAAGAGUUCAAACGGAAAGCGACAGAAUGCCAGCAUAAGCUGGUGAAGGCGGCUAAGGAUCCAGGGAAACCUGAAGUGGGAGAAUAUUCCAAGCUGGAGAAGAUCAAUGCUGAGCAGCAGAUCAAAAUCCAGGAGCUCCAAGAGAAGCUAGAAAAGGCCGUCAAAGCCAGCACGGAGGCCGCUGAGCUGCUGCAGAAUAUUCGCCAGGCCAAAGAGCGAGCGGAGCGUGAACUGGAGAAGCUGCAGAACCGGGAGGACUCUUCGGAAGGCAUCAAAAAGAAGCUGGUGGAAGCCGAGGAACGCCGCCAUUCUCUGGAGAACAAGGUAAAGAGGCUAGAGACCAUGGAGCGUAGAGAAAACAGACUGAAGGAUGACAUCCAGACAAAAUCCCAACAGAUCCAGCAGAUGGCUGAUAAAAUUCUGGAGCUGGAGGAGAAACACCGAGAGGCCCAGGUCUCCGCCCAGCACCUAGAGGUGCACCUGAAACAGAAAGAGCAGCACUAUGAGGAAAAAAUCAAAGUGUUGGACAGUCAGAUAAAGAAAGACCUGGCCGACAAGGAGAGCUUGGAAAACCUGAUGCAGAGGCACGAGGAGGAGGCCCAUGAGAAGGGCAAAAUUCUCAGCGAGCAGAAGGCGAUGAUUAAUGCAAUGGAUUCCAAGAUCAGAUCCCUGGAGCAGAGGAUUGUGGAACUAUCAGAAGCCAAUAAACUCGCAGCAAACAGCAGUCUUUUUACCCAGAGGAACAUGAAGGCCCAGGAGGAGAUGAUCUCAGAGCUCAGGCAACAGAAAUUCUACCUGGAGACACAGGCUGGGAAGCUGGAGGCCCAGAACCGGAAGCUAGAGGAACAGCUGGAAAAAAUCAGCCACCAAGACCACAGUGACAAAAGCCGGCUGCUGGAGCUGGAGACGAGGCUGAGGGAGGUCAGUCUGGAGCAUGAGGAGCAGAAGCUGGAGCUGAAGCGCCAGCUCACAGAGCUGCAGCUCUCCUUGCAGGAGCGCGAGUCCCAGCUGACGGCCCUGCAGUCUGCCCGGGCUGCGCUGGAGGGGCAGCUCCGCCAGGCCAAGACAGAGCUGGAGGAGACGACAGCAGAAGCAGAGGAGGAGAUCCAGGCGCUCACGGCACAUAGAGAUGAGAUCCAGCGCAAGUUUGAUGCCCUUCGUAACAGCUGUACCGUGAUCACAGACCUGGAGGAGCAGCUAAACCAGCUGACCGAGGACAACGCUGAGCUCAACAACCAAAACUUCUACUUGUCCAAACAACUCGACGAGGCUUCCGGCGCCAACGACGAGAUCGUGCAGCUGCGAAGCGAAGUGGACCACCUCCGCCGGGAGAUCACCGAGCGAGAGAUGCAGCUCACCAGCCAGAAGCAAGCACAACUCAGUGGAUCUGAUUUGCAGACGAUGGAGGCGCUGAAGACCACCUGCACGAUGCUGGAGGAGCAGGUCAUGGACCUGGAGGCCCUGAACGAUGAGCUGCUGGAGAAGGAGCGGCAGUGGGAGGCCUGGAGGAGUGUCCUGGGUGACGAGAAGUCCCAGUUUGAGUGCCGGGUUCGAGAGCUGCAGAGGAUGCUAGACACCGAGAAGCAGAGCAGGGCGAGGGCUGACCAGCGCAUCACCGAGUCUCGCCAGGUGGUCGAGCUGGCAGUGAAGGAGCACAAAGCCGAGAUCCUGGCUCUGCAGCAGGCUCUCAAAGAGCAGAAGCUGAAAGCCGAGAGCCUUUCCGACAAGCUUAAUGACCUGGAGAAGAAGCACGCCAUGCUUGAAAUGAACGCCCGGAGCUUGCAGCAGAAGCUGGAGACUGAGCGAGAGCUCAAACAGAGGCUUCUGGAAGAGCAAGCCAAACUACAGCAGCAAAUGGACCUACAGAAGAGUCACAUUUUCCGUCUCACUCAAGGGCUGCAGGAAGCUCUAGACCGGGCUGAUCUGCUGAAGACAGAGAGGAGUGACCUGGAAUAUCAGCUUGAAAACAUUCAGGUUCUCUAUUCUCAUGAAAAGGUGAAAAUGGAAGGCACUAUUUCUCAACAAACCAAACUCAUUGAUUUUCUACAAGCCAAAAUGGACCAACCCGCCAAAAAGAAAAAGGGUUUAUUUAGUCGACGGAAAGAGGACCCUGCUUUGCCCACACAGGUUCCUCUGCAGUACAAUGAGCUGAAGGCGGCUCUGGAGAAGGAGAAAGCACGCUGUGCAGAGCUUGAGGAAGCCCUGCAGAAGACCCGCAUCGAGCUCCGGUCUGCCCGGGAGGAAGCUGCCCACCGGAAAGCCACAGAACACCCACACCCAUCCACGCCAGCCACCGCGAGGCAGCAGAUUGCCAUGUCUGCCAUCGUGCGGUCCCCCGAGCACCAGCCCAGUGCUAUGAGCCUGCUCGCCCCGCCGUCCGGCCGCAGAAAGGAGUCUUCAACUCCAGAGGAAUUCAGCCGGCGUCUCAAGGAGCGGAUGCACCACAACAUUCCUCACCGGUUCAAUGUGGGACUGAACAUGCGGGCCACCAAGUGCGCCGUGUGCCUGGACACGGUGCACUUCGGACGCCAGGCCUCCAAAUGCCUCGAAUGCCAGGUGAUGUGUCAUCCCAAGUGCUCCACGUGCUUGCCAGCGACCUGCGGCCUGCCCGCUGAAUACGCUACACACUUCACCGAGGCCUUCUGCCGUGACAAAAUGAACUCCCCGGGUCUGCAGACCAAGGAGCCCAGCAGCGGCUUGCACCUGGAAGGGUGGAUGAAGGUGCCCAGGAACAACAAACGAGGACAGCAAGGCUGGGACAGGAAGUACAUCGUCCUGGAGGGCUCCAAAGUCCUCAUCUAUGACAGUGAAGCCAGAGAAGCUGGACAGAGGCCGGUGGAAGAAUUUGAGCUGUGCCUUCCCGACGGGGAUGUCUCUAUUCAUGGCGCUGUCGGUGCUUCUGAACUCGCAAACACAGCCAAAGCAGAUGUUCCAUACAUACUGAAGAUGGAAUCCCACCCACACACCACCUGCUGGCCCGGGAGAAGCCUCUACCUGCUUGCCCCCAGCUUCCCCGACAAACAGCGCUGGGUCACCGCCUUAGAGUCAGUCGUGGCAGGUGGACGAGUUUCUAGGGAAAAAGCAGAGGCCGACGCUGGCCCGGCCUGUAAUUCCUACGAGCUUCUGCCUGCAUGGGUUCAGAAACUGCUUGGGAACUCCCUACUGAAACUGGAAGGCGAUGACCGUUUGGACAUGAACUGCACACUGCCCUUCAGCGACCAGGUGGUGUUGGUGGGCACUGAGGAAGGGCUGUAUGCUCUGAAUGUCUUGAAAAACUCCCUCACCCACGUCCCAGGGAUUGGAGCCGUCUUCCAGAUUUACAUCAUCAAGGACCUGGAGAAGCUACUCAUGAUAGCAGGAGAGGAGCGGGCCCUGUGUCUUGUUGAUGUGAAGAAAGUCAAACAGUCCCUCGCCCAGUCACACCUGCCAGCUCAGCCUGACAUCUCACCCAACGUUUUUGAAGCUGUCAAGGGCUGCCACUUGUUUGCUGCUGGCAAGAUUGAGAGUGGGCUUUGCAUCUGUGCGGCCACGCCCAGCAAAGUCGUCAUUCUCCGCUACAAUGAAAACCUCAGCAAGUACUGCAUUCGGAAAGAGAUAGAGACCUCAGAGCCCUGCAGCUGCAUCCACUUCACCAACUACAGCGUCCUCAUCGGGACCAACAAAUUCUACGAAAUCGACAUGAAACAGUACACGCUUGAGGAAUUCCUAGACAAGAACGACCACUCCUUGGCACCUGCGGUGUUCGCCUCCUCUUCCAACAGCUUCCUGGUCUCCAUCGUGCAGGUGAACGGCGCGGGGCAGCGUGAGGAGUACCUGCUCUGCUUUCACGAAUUUGGGGUGUUUGUGGAUUCUUACGGAAGACGCAGCCGCACAGACGAUCUCAAGUGGAGCCGCUUACCUCUGGCCUUCGCCUACAGAGAGCCCUAUCUGUUUGUGACCCACUUCAACUCACUGGAAGUCAUUGAGAUCCAGGCCCGCUCCUCUCUGGGGACCCCUGCCCGAGCGUACCUGGAGAUCCCCAACCCUCGCUACCUGGGCCCUGCCAUCUCCUCGGGUGCCAUCUACCUGGCAUCCUCAUACCAGGAUAAAUUAAGGAUCAUCUGCUGCAAGGGGAACCUGGUGAAAGAGUCUGGCACCGACCACCACCGGGGCCCCUCCACCUCCCGCAGCCCCAACAAGCGUGGCCCUCCCACGUACAACGAGCACAUCACCAAGCGUGUGGCCUCCAGCCCAGCGCCCCCUGAAGGCCCCAGCCACCCGCGAGAGCCAAGCACACCCCACCGCUACCGAGAGGGGCGGACGGAGCUGCGGAGGGACAAGUCUCCUGGCCGCCCCCUGGAGCGGGAGAAGUCCCCCGGCCGGGUGCUGAGCACGCGCAGGGAGCGCUCCCCCGGGAGGCUGUUUGAGGACAGCAGCAGGGGCCGGCUGCCCGCGGGAGCCGUCAGGACCCCCCUGUCCCAGGUCAAUAAGGUCUGGGACCAGUCUUCGGUAUAAGUCUUAGCCAGAGAAACCAACUCCUCAUCCUAACCUGCAGGAAAACACCAAGCCCACUACGGAAGGCUGCCGAAGGGGACUGCAGCGCCCAUCUGCUCUGCCGCCCCAGGCACAACAGGCCCUAGGCCUAGCUCAGCACGCCCUCCUCCCCCCCAGCAUCCAGGAGGUGCAGGGGCCUGAGGUUCCCUGGAGCCCUCCUGCAGUCAUCCACUUUGCACUUUGCUACUCUUUCUGAGCAUUCAUAAACUUUCGUACCUAGCUCCGGCCUGCACCGGUUCAUCAGAGGACGUGGCUAGAAUCCUAAUCCAUCCUGACUCUUAAGAUCCUAGGGUCGGUUGGUUCUAUCAUUUUUGUUUCUUGACCUUUUUUGUUUUGUUGUGUUAUUGUUAUUUUUAAAAGACAACAGAAAUCUUAAUAGAUUGGAAUAGCUCUGUACUUCCCGUUGCAGUCAUUCUUAGCUGGAUUCCACCAUCAGGCCUCCACUUGUGGGAUGUAUUUUAGAAGAGUCCCCGCCAGUUGGCUCCCCCACGCUCACGCAGUCUCCCUCCAGCCCCAGCCAGCCCUCCUGGAUGGCCCUGUCUUAGUCAGGGUGAUGGCUCCGCAAAAUGUUUACCGUUCCCAUUGCCUUCUGAUGGCCUUGACGACUUCCCCUUCUAGCAUCUGAGAAUGUAUGGAGGUCACCAGGCCUCAGCUGGGAGGCAGUGACUGGGGGCCUCAAGGAGCUUUCCCUCCCUGCCCCUCAGCGUCAUGUCCUCAGUCUGUCCCUACUUCCUGAGUAGCUUUGGCCAAGGAAGCAUGCACUAGACUUGCGCUGAGCCCGGCGUGAAUGGGUCUCUGCGUCUGGGCGGGGACCAGGGGCACUGUCCACCUGCUAUGGAGGGUGGCACCUUUUGCCUCCACCCCAGGCAGGAAGAGACCUGACUGGGCAUUUGCAUGGCGGUUCACUGCAUGUGCUGCCCCCCCCCCCCACCUGGCCAGCCGCCCACCUCGGGCCGCUCUGCCAAUGUACUAGCGCCUCAUCACAGCCCCCGCCCCAUCAAGAUGCUCUCGCAGACCCAGGGCCACCACAUGCUGCAGUCUAUAGCACUGAACAAACCAACCAACCCAAACGCUCAAGCCUUACGACCAGAGAAGGAUUUCAGCAGACCGCCACCUCACUUUCCACGCUUCCCUGCCAGUUCCCUGGCGGAUGACUCUGUGUUCAAAAAAUCCAGCACGGUUCGACCCCACCGAAACUGUGACUUUCCCAAAAGAGCCUUUCCCUAGGGCUAGACUAAGACCAGGAAGUCUGAGACUAGUAGCCGCAGCUCAACCUUCCCAGCCCCACCAGGGUUGGGGAGUCGUCCCUCGGUGCAGUGCGGCUCUCACCAUCUCUUUCUCCCCCUUGAUCCAAGUGCAAAAUUCCUGGCAGCCGGUAAAGAUCCCACCUAGAGGCUUUGCAGUUGGCAAGCUAACUAGCGGCCUUACUUCUUGCCUUUAAUCUCCCACAAGGCAUCUCUUGCUUCAGAUUCUCCACAGCUCUUAGGCACGCCUCCAACAACCAAGGCAAAUCCUAGGUAGGCGGAAAGGUAGACCUGUUUCCACCACAGUGGGUGAACUUGACCAUGUGUUGACCCCAUGUGUCUACAGUUCCUAGCACUUUCCAGACUGCAACCUGGCCCAGAGCCCAACUCCUUCCUUGCUCGUCUGUUAACCUAAGUGCUUUCUUGUUUGAAGCGCCCAUGAACUCCAUGUCAUCCCUCCACCCUUUGGCAAGUGUCCCGCUGUUGUGUUUUUAUGUGUUGCUUAGUCUUUGGGGUCCUACUGCAUCCCUCCCCUCCCCCAGGGCAGAUCUGAUUGAAUGUCUGCUGAAGUGUUUGUCUCUUGGUCUACAAGUAUUUGGAAAGAUCGCUGGUGAUUGAAAGGUCUUUCAGUCUUGACAUUUUAUUUAAGCCCUCUGCCAGAAACUUCUUGAGCCCUGACAGUGUAUAUUGUGUGUCUCAUCUGUGAAACGCUUCUGCUCUAGAGCUAGCUCAAAAAAAAAAAAAAAGACUGUACAUAUUUACAAGAAACUUUAUAUUCGUAAAAAAAAAAAAAAAAGGAAAUUGAAUUGGUUUCUACUUUUUUAUUGUAAAAGGUGCAUUUUUCAACACUUACUUUUGGUUUCAACGGCAGUAGUCGUGGGCGGCCAUCGUCCUGGGGGGGGGGGGGGCGCCUGUGACCACCUUGACGCCAGCAGGAAAGACCGACCGGACCGCGAAAUUACAGUCAAAAGCUUAUGAGCAUAACUUCAACUCUAGGCCUCCAGAAGUACAGGCUUUCUCUUCAUUGCCUUUUUAUUCAGAACGAGGAAGAGAACCCAGGGAACAAUUCAAGAUUCACCUGGAGAGGAAUGAACUCUUGUUGAAAGAUAGUGAAAUAAAGCAAGGAUCUAAAAUA